AAGGAGCCGGCUGUCAUGCCACUGGUAUUCCCAACGAUCCAGUAACGAGUCCCGACUCACUACUCGCACAUUACAAUCGCCGGCGAAUAAAAUUCUCUACUUUGUCACCGCCGGCAGGCUCACGAACUGCCAGAAAGCGAAUGAAAGAACUGGAGGCAACCAGUCGAGACCCCCAUUCACGAUCGAUGCUGCCGGGAAAAAAUCGCCUCGCUAUUGUCUACGUCCUCACCUCUUUUCUCGCGGUGGCUGAAAGCUCUGGCGUCGGGAUUUCAACGCAGUAUCCUUUAGUAGUGAGCACUUGGCCAUUCAGAGAAGCAGUCAGAGCUGCUUGGAGGGCCGCUGACUCUGGCCUCUCCGCCGUCGAUUCUGUUGUGGAGGGUUGUUCUACUUGUGAAGUUUUGAGGUGUGAUGGCACAGUGGGGCCUGGUGGGAGUCCUGAUGAGAAUGCAGAAACCACAAUUGAUGCCAUGAUCAUGAAUGGGGGUAUGCAUAGGUGACCAUGGAGGUGGGAGCUGUUGGCGCCAUGAGAUAUGUAAAAGACGGGAUCAAAGCAGCUAAACUGGUGAUGCAGUACUCGAAGCAUACUUUCCUUGUUGGAGAGCAGGCUUCAGUUUUUGCUAUUUCAAUGGGUCUCCAAGGGCCGACCAACCUCAGUUCAUCGGAGUCCAUAGAGAAGUGGAGUAACUGGAAGGAUAAUGGUUGCCAACCCAAUUUCAGGCGGGAUGUGAUACCUGCAAAUGGUUGUGGUCCUUAUCGUGCUAGGGACAGUGUAGGUAGUAAAAAGGUCGGGUGUUCCCAGUCCGGCUCAGUGGAAGAAACUGAAUCAAGAUCAUGUCUUGUUGGGCCUCACAACCAUGACACCAUAUCAAUGGCUGUUUUCGACAGAAUGGGGCACAUAGCUGCUGGUACGUCAACUAAUGGAGCCACUUUUAAGAUCCCUGGCAGGCAGAGCAGACAUUUAUAUCGAGAUGCUAACUCGGUAGAAGUUCUUCUGGGGUUACAGGGUUGGAGAUGGACCCAUUGCAGGAUCUGCAGCCUAUGCAGAUAGUGAAGUAGGAGCUUGUGGUGCUACUGGCGAUGGAGACAUCAUGAUGCGCUUCCUUCCUUGCUACCAAGUUGUGGAAAGUAUGAGACGAGGCAUGGAACCUAAGCUAGCUGCCGAGGAUGCGAUUUCCCGAAUCGCAAGAAAGUUCCCCGAUUUCGUGGGAGCAGUGUUCGCAGUGAACACGAAUGGAGUCCAUGCUGGAGCUUGCCAUGGAUGGACGUUCCAGUAUUCGGUCAGGAAUGCUCAUAUGAAAGACGUGGAAGUUUUCACAGUGUUGCCUGAUCAAAACCCCACCUUAUGAACACGCAUCUGCUCUUGCUGUGUUCUUCCAAAACACCUUCGUUCACUCUCCACCAGAAGCUUGUCUCUUGAUGGUGACCAACAGCGUUGUCCACGUCCGUUAUUAUGUUUGUUCAGACAUUGCAUCAAAAUAGUGUAUUCACUUCACGCAUCUGAUUGUGAUCCCAUUGUACAUUGCCAGAAAAUAUUGCAAUUAGAAGUUUACACAAGUCAAGUUACAGUGCC